UGCCCGACCCAACGUGAUAACCAGAUGUGAUGGCACAAGAAUAAAGUGGCAUUGAUGGACCAGUACGAGCAAGCAGAGCUGAACUGCAUUACCGAGCACCCUGGCUUUGAAGGCGUUUGUCUCAAUCAAUCCUUAGAUACUGCAUACUUGGGGUAUCGUCAGCACUAUGGUGACAGGGCACGGCAUGAUGCAACUGAAAAUGAGUGGAACAAGCCAAGUCAGAGAUAAAUAAAAUGGCAGUAGAAGAAAUUAACAGCUGUGCCUCGAAUAUACACGGAGGAGCAAGUGAGACUACUCAUAGAAAAUGAGGGAUAGCCCCCCCUUCAUUCCAGAAACAUUACCCGAUCAUUUGAGAAUUUUGCUAGUUUUCACAAAACAUCGGGUAAAUUGGACACGACCUUUCAGAAAUUUAGGGGGCUCUUAUCUCGAAUAGUCAGGUUGAGUGCCCCACCCGACGUGAUAACCUGAUGUGAUGGCACAAGAAUAAAGUGGCAUUGAUGGACCAGUACGAGCAAGCAGAGCAGAACUGCAUCACUGAGCACCCUGGCUUUGAAGGUGUUUGUCUCAAUCAAUUCGUGGGUUUUAGAUACUGCAUACUUGGGGUAUCGUCAACAGUAUGGUGACAGGGCACGGCAUGAUGCAACUGAAAAUGAGUGGAACAAGCCAAGUCAGAGAUAAAUAAAAUGGCAGUAGAAGAAAUUAACAGCUGUGCCUCGAAUAUACACGGAGGAGCAAGUGAGACUACUCAUAGAAAAUGAGGGAUAGGGCCCCCUUCAUUCCCGAAAGGUCGGGUCCAGUUUACCCGAUCAUUUGAGAAUUUUGCUGCAGUUUUCACAAAACAUCGGGUAAAUUGGACACGACCUUUCAGAAAUUUAGGGGGCUCUUUUCUCGAAUGGUGGGGAAAACUGGAUCUGAUGUUUCAGGAAUUUAGGGGACCCUUUUCUCGAUUGGUCGGGUUUCGCGAGUGCCCCACCCGAAGUGAUAACUUGAUGUGAUGGCACAAGAAUAAAGUGGCAUUGAUGGACCAGUACGAGCAAGCAGAGGGGAACUGCAUCACUGAGCACCCUGGCUUUGAAGGUGUUUGUCUCAAUCAAUCUGUGGGUUUUAGAUACUGCAUACUUGGGGUAUCGUCAGCACUAUGGUGACAGGGCACGGCAUGAUGCAACUGAAAAUGAGUGGAACAAGCCAAGUCAGAGAUAAACAAAAUGGCAGUAGAAGAAUUAACAGCUGUGCCUCGAAUAUACACGGAGGAGCAAGUGAGACUACUCAUAGAAAAUGAGGGAUAGCCCCCCCUUCAUUCCCGAAAGGUCGGGUCCAGUUUACCCGAUCGUUUGAGAAUUUUGCUGCAGUUUUCACAAAACAUCGGGUAAAUUGGACACAACCUUUCAGAAAUUUAGGGGGCCCUUUUCUGGAAUGGUUGGGUAAACUGGACCGGAUGAUUCAGGAAUUUAGAGGACCCUUUUCUCGAUUGGUACGAGCAAGCAGAGCUGAACUGCAUUACCGAGCACCCUGGCUUUGAAGGCGUUUGUCUCAAUCAAUCUGUGGGUUUUAGAUACUGCCUACUUGGGGUAUCGUCAACAGUAUGGUGACAAGGCACGGCAUGAUGCAACUGAAAAUGAGUAUUUAUUUCAUAUAUUUUCUGUAAUCAAAUAUUGGAAAAGAAGGAUACAAAUUUAUUUAAAUAUACAUGAUUUUUUUCCCAACUCAAAUGUCCAAAACUGUAUCAUAUUUUAUAUAAUUUCAAAUUAUCAUAGGGACAAUGUUAUAAUGAGCUAUACAGUGCGUCCCACAAAAAAACCGAAACCGAGAUUUAGCGAUGACUUAUCAUAACUUAAUCAUAAAUACAAAAGACAAAUGACCUAUCAAUGUAAAGCUUAGAAUCUCCUCUUUCAUCUGAUAUUACUUAGAUUAAUCCUCAUUCAUGCAUGAGUGAGCAAAAACAAUUUGAAGAAAGGAUACCAAAAACUCAUUUGGCAGGGGGUAUCUGAAUUUCAAAAAGAAAAUCACAUGCCUAAAAAGUUAAAUAUCUGCUCUUUUAUUUGAUACCUUAAUCACAAAAAAAUGGUUGAGAAGUAAAAAAGUUAUGUUCCCUCGAAACAAACUGGUUUCCCACAGAAGCUAUCGCACAGUUAACAAAAGACUUAAUGCAUGGCUGAUCGUCAACAAAACGGAGUGUUGAGUGAGUUUGAACGCUAGCCUGUAAAACCUCUUCAUUUUAUGAAAUUAUUGAAAUUCAAGCCUUAUUUCAAAUAAGCAGAACUUUGUUAUUUCUUUACCAUUUUCUGUAAUUGAGGUAUCAAAUUAAAGAGCAGAUAUUGAACUUUUUAAUAAUGUGGUUUUCGUUUUGAAACCCAGAUACAGCCCGCCAAAUGACUUUUUGGUAUCCCCUC